UGCGCGCGGAUGUUGCUUAUGUAUAUGAUUUGAAGGAUGAAGCCGGUUUGCUGCUGCUGUUGUUGUUUAUUUUUUGACGUUGCCAUAUCAUAAUGCGUUGUCUUUGUUGUGUCUUGUCUUGUCUUGCUCGUUGUGAAUUCGUCUGUUUUGAUAGAGGCAUGGGUUUAGUUAUUGUUUACGCUGGUUUGCUUUCCACUUCUUUUGUACAUAUUUUGACAAUCACUCUCCACUGUCCCGCUGGGCGCGACGGGCAGAAUAAAAUAAUGAAUACCUAUUACUUCUCUUACUAUACUCUACUCUACUAUACAGCAUACAGACACAUGCAGAGAUCGCAGGCCUUGAUUGGAGCAGCGAUAGAGAUAAUGCGGGCCGAUAGAAGAGAGUUUCGAUAGAGUUUAACAAGUAACCUUAAUCUGGGUCCGCGUACUGCUUUGGGCAUCUCGGUGUUACAAAGCAGCCAGGCCAGACCAGGCCGCUGAGGGCAAUGGACGGGU